UGCGAGUGUCAGCAGGAUUACACAGGACAAAACUGCGAAAAGCAGGUAACCUGUAAGCCGGACAGUUGUGGUCCAAACUCAAAGUGUUACGUUCAAAAUCAUCAGAUUAACUGUGUUUGUAAACAAGGUUACACAGGCGACCCAUUUCAUAAAAAAGGAUGUUCUCUAAAAACUGUGCGAGCAUGUAUGGAUGGAGAUCCUCAUUACCAUACAUUUGACAAGCAAAGUUACGAGUAUAUGGGUACAUGUCCUUACUAUUUUGUGAAGCCCUGUAAUGAAACCUCGGUUUACCCUUAUGAAUACUUCGAGGUUAAAGCUAGAAACGCACGAAUAUAUGCAGGAUCCAAAGUCACUGCCGUCAGGGAGGUUGAAGUGAUGAUGAGAAGUAAAAAGAUUUAUGUCGACCAGCACUUAAAAGUCCGAGUUGACGGGGUUUCAACUAAUCUGCCGUAUUACUAUCCCAAUGAAAAAAAUGCCACACUUAUAGUAAAGCGUGUCAACUCAAGGAUUACUAUUGAUAACACAGAGCAUGUUGUGGUUACAUUCUACUGGAACACCCUAUGUGUCAGUGUUCCCGAAAAUGAUGCAUUUCUAGGGUUUGACAAGCUUUGCGGUCUCGGAGGAAAUCUGGAUCAUAACUGCGCAAAUGACUUUGUCCGUGGGGACGGUGGAAUGUACAAUGUUACUGGGUGCUUUCACAGGUGGCGACUAUUUACUGAACAAUUUGGAGACUCUUGGAUUACUACUGAUUUUACCAAUGGUGAUAAGUCUUGUAUAACUGGAGAAGAAAUCACUAACGGUUCAAUCCCUUGUAGACUGGAAGAUGUGAAAGACAAGUGUGCCGACAUCAUCCGCUCUAAAUAUGGGGAGGGUCCUUUCGCUGCAUGUAAGGAUUUAGGAGAGUCGACUAUAGAUGACGCCUACAACGACUGUGUUUCUGAUGUCUGCUACAACUCCACAUUACGUUGUGACGUCUUUGCAUCAUUUGCUAGACUUUGCCAGCUGGAACUCCCAAACACUCCCUUGUCAUGGCGAAUGGAAGAGGACUGUCCAGAGAUUCACUGCCCACAACAUGCAGAAUACAAGUCGUGUGCUACCGGUUGUCCGCUAACCUGUAGUAACUCACACUAUUCGCCAGUCUGCAGUGAACCGUGUAUGGAAGGUUGCGAAUGCGACUUCGGAUACUAUUUGGAUGAUACGAAUCCUGAUGAACUGAAAUGUGUACCUUUGGAUGAAUGCGGGUGCAAAGACGAUGAUGGUAAUUAUCACAGCGCUAGUGACCAGUGGUUGACUGAUGGCUGCACAAAAAUCAACUACUGUAUUAAUGGGACGUACAGUUGGGAAGACCGGCCGUGUGGUGCAAAUGCUAACUGUGUUUUAGACGAGUACUAUAAUUAUCAAUGUGCAUGUAAAACUGGUUAUGAUGGUGAUGGAUAUUCCUGUUCUGAUGUCAACGAAUGCGAGGACCAGAGGCUUUGUAACCAAAAUAUCAGACACGGAAUCUGUAAAAAUACCCCAGGCUCCUAUCAAUGCGAGUGUCAUCCAUAUUACAACGAUGGCAGUAACUGCGAUCAAUUUUUACCGCUACGUCACUGUGCAGACCUAAUGGUAUAUCACGGAAUCAGCGAGGAUGGAGUCUACAUCAUAAGGCCUGCAUAUAACAUCCUUAAUUCUCCAAUGUAUGGUCCAGUUUCCGUUUACUGUGAUAUGACCAAUUUGGGGGGCGGAUGGACAGUAAUGAGUGCCUCUAACGGCAGUCUGUUCGUCAACAAAACUUAUAGUGAAUACAUUGAAGGCUUUGGGAUGCCCGAUAGCCAAGAGAUUUGGCUCGGUUUAGAAUUUAUCUACAAGAUGACCAACGAGAUGAAUACAAGUUUGCCAAAAAAAGUGUUACUCCUGUUAAAAGUAUUUAAUUAUGCCACUGGAACGGUAUACUCGUUUUUCAGCUUGCGGGUUGAUCUGCACCGUUGUGCUGGAAAGAGAAGACCAGAGAAAGUUAGGAAACCAGAGAUAAGCACCAAUUGUACUUAUCAGAAAUUCAAGUUGCUUCCUGGUGAAGCCGGUUAUGCUGUUGAUAUACCAUAUGGUUGUGAAGGGUCUGAACAAACUUACUAUGACGGAUGGGCUCGCUGGGAUGGGGACAUUGGACCUCGAUUUGUCGCUUAUGACACGGAUAAAUAUAAUUGUUCGCAGUAUUUCCAAAAUACUGGCUGGUGGUACGAUGAGGACAGUCAGUGCGGUUACGCAAACCUAAAUGGGGUACGGUACCAAUGCGACAAUUCUCCUUCUCCUGCCGAUCUAGCUCACUACCUUGAGUGGAAUGGAAACCCAGUCAACUUUGCAAGACUUUAUUUAAGGCCUGAAGACUUUCCAAACUAUGAAUUACCAGAACCAGAGGAGCCAACACUAGAACCAUCAACUGUACUAGUAACAGACGAACAGUUCACCACAAUUCCACAAAUAAUAAUUUUACCUACGUCUGGAGCAGCAUAA